AUGGUUACUUACCAGCUUCCGAGUUCUGGAGAGUCAAUAGAAUAUUAUUUUGGAUCCACCGACCAGUUGGCUUUGUAUCUCAGAUGUCGGUUUUAUAUGAAGUCAACCAUUAUCAUGCUAUUCUCCCGCCAGCUUGCAGCAUUUGCUGCCAUCAUUACGUCUACCUCUGCUUCGUGCCUAUAUGGGACCAGUUUGGCACCUCGCCAUGUUAGCACCGACGGGCAGGUCCCAGUGUCAACAUUCAACUAUACCGGCGAAGGCGGCCCCCUCCAUUGGGUCGGUCUCAAUGCUACCACUAAUAAAGAGUGCGGGCAUGGCUCAACGCAGUCUCCCAUUGUCAUUAACAAGGCCAGCUUUCCGCGCGCACCCAAAGGCUCUGUUACUAUGAGCAUUCCCACCGUUCCAAUGGCGGAUUUUGAAAACCUCGGUUCUACGGUAGAGGUUAUUGCAAGCGGAAAACUAAAAGCUAGCGGUAAAGACUAUGAGCUGGUACAAUUCCACUUUCAUACUCCAAGUGAACAUCGAAUCGACGACGAAUACUUUCCCAUGGAGGUUCACUUUGUGUUCCAGGCGCCGAAUAAAUCAAUUGCUGUGGUUGCAUUCUUUGUGGAGUUAUCCCCUUACGGACGUUGUACUCCACUAUUGAAGCAGGUGCUUUCGUGCUUGCAUAAGAUUACCACCCCUGGAACAAUUACAAAGACAAGGCGGCUGGAUUUCUCUCAAGUCCUUGGACAUCUUCAUACCCACGAUAUCUUCACUUAUAACGGAUCACUUACGACACCACCAUGCAGCAGCAACGUAGCCUGGUACCUUAGUGCUGCACCACUCUCCAUUGAUGUAUCAUCUUUCAAUGCCCUCAAAAAGGUCGUCAAGUUCAACUCUCGCUACACACAAAACUCCCCUGGUCUGAGAAAUUUAAUGGAGAUUGCGGCGCAUGAUAUUGGGUGCGAGAACAUGAAGCCACGCUUCUAG